GUUGAAGUGUGGCGUUGUGGCGCCAGGAGAGGACUGGAGGCUGAGCUCUGCCUGCAACGGUCCCUUGGAGGGGCCACGGGCGUGUGCAUCUGAACGGUCUCUGGUGAAGCGUUGUUGCUUGCAACAAGAAUAACACAACCCAAGCCAUCAUGUCUCCAGGAAUGACCCUUUUCUCGGUGCAAGCCAUCCUUAUCCUCAGUUCCGAGGAUGGCUCGCGCAUUUUCGCGAAGUACUACUCAUCACCCCACAGCGCUCCGGGCGCUGGCAGCAGUUCAACCAACCCCUAUCCCGACACCAAAUCACAAAAAGCCUUUGAGAAGGGUCUCAUCGAAAAGACUGGCAAACAAAAUGGUGACAUUAUCCUCUACGACAAUCGAAUUGUCCUCUACAAGCUCGAGUCGGAUGUCAUGAUCUACGUGAUUGGCAGUGUGGACGAGAACGAGAUUCUUCUGUACAACACCACACUGGCGCUAAGGGACUCGCUACAUCUCCUGUUCAAGCAAUCCGUGGACAAGAGGACGAUUAUCGAGAACUACGACCUUGUCUCCCUCGCCAUUGACGAGAUCGUCGACGACGGCAUCAUCCUCGAGACCGACCCGACUAUUAUCGUGCAGAGAGUCAGCAAAGCGCCCACCCAGGACGUACCGCUCGGCCGCAUCGAUCUCAGCGAACAGGGCGUCAACAACUUGGCGCAACUCGGAAAGUCCAAGCUGGCGGAUUGGUUGCGACAGGGUCUGUAAAGGGGAUUCAGAAUCGGUUGGGGAGAUUGGGUCGUUGUCUUCACAUAGCGCCUGGCAGAAA